GUGUGCGACCGGCGACCGCGUUCUAUAAUUAUUAUAAGCAAAAUCUGGAGGAGGGUAUGUAUCUAGUUUAUGUCUCUGCAGCAGGCGAGCCGGUGAAAAUGCCGCCGGAGAUAGAGGGAGUAGUUGCUAAGUACCCUGAUCUAUUUGAAGAGCCGACAGGGGUUGUGGAGAGGGAGGCCGUCCACGCGAUAGAGAUUAUCCCAGGGUCUAGCAUCCCAAAGGGUAGGAUCUAUCGAAUGUCUCCAGGCGAGCUUGAUGAGCUUCGUUGGCAACUCAAGGAACUCGUAGAGAAGGGUUGGAUCCGGCCGAGUGUUUCUCCUUAUGGAUCUCCAAUCCUAUUCGUACCGAAGAAGGCGGGAACACUGAGGAUGUGCAUUGACUAUAGGGGCCUCAAUGCCAUCAUUGUCAAGAACAGAGAGCCCCUACCGCGCAUCGACGAGUUGCUAGAUAGAGUGCAAGGGUGUCGGUACUUCAGUAAGAUAGAUCUGAAGUCCGGGUACCAUCAGGAUCAACACAAAACCUCUUUUCAGACGAGGUACGGUCUGUACGAGUUUGUGGUGAUGCCUUUCGACCUUUGCAAUGUUCUUGGCACCUUUCAACAUGCUAUGAAUCGGAUAUUUCAUGACUACUUGGAUAAGUUUGUCAUCGUGUACCUCGAUGACAUACUUAUUUUUAGUAGGAUUGUCGAGGAGUAUGUAACUCACUUGGACAAAGUCCUAAGUCUCCUUCGACAACACAAGUUCAAGAUCAACGGUGAGAAGUGCGAGUUUGGCUGCACCCGUAUCUUGUACUUGGGUCAUGAGAUUUCCGCGGAGGGAUUGAAGCCCGAUGACGCGAAGGUGGCCAACAUUCGUGACUGGCCGCGUCCUCAGUCUGUGACUGAGAUGAGAUCUUUCUUAGGGAUGACUGGCUACUACCGCAAUUUUGUCAAGAACUAUAGCAUAGUGGCCGCCCCUUUGACUGACCUGACCCGCCUUGACACCCCGUGGGAGUGGACAGACAGGUGCGAGGCUGCUUUCAGACAUCUGAAGCAUGCGUUGACGCAUCAUGAAGUCUUAAAACUUCCAGAUCCUGACAAGCCGUUCAUAGUAACCACGGAUGCCAUCCAAUACGACAUUGGCGCCGUGCUAGCGCAGCAGGAGGGGCCAAAGUUAAGGCCAGUCGAGUACAUGUCCAAGAAGAUGUCGUCUCAGAAGUUGGCUAAGUCCACUUAUGAGAAAGAGCUCUACGCGAUCUACAAGGCACUGACCCAUUGGAGGAAUUAUCUCCUUGGGAGGUUCUUCAUCGUUAGGACUGAUCAUCAGACCCUGAAGUGGAUGAGAACCCAACCAGUGCUCUCCGGUGCACUGAAGCGUUGGAUCGAAGUCAUUGAGCAGUAUGACUUCGAACCGCAAUAUCUCAAAGGGGAGUACAACAAAGUUGUUGAUGCCUUUGUUGCGCAGACCUGACUUCUUGGGCUGUCGAACAGAUGCACAAGGCACAGGCGGCGACGAUAGAGUCUGAGAACAAACACCGCCGCCCAUC